AUGAUCUCGGUUCAAGAAUAUCGGAGAUCUAAUGCGGGGAGAACUUUACCAAUACAGCAACGUAAAAGCGAGAUAUUGCAACAUAUACGGAACCACCAAGUAACAUGUAUCCAGGGUGAGACUGGAUGCGGUAAAUCUACAAAAGUCCCACAGUUCAUCAUUGAAGAAGCUAAUCAAAUAGUGGGAACCAGAAACAAUGUGAAGGUCAUAGUGACCCAACCACGACGAAUGGCUGCAAUAUCAUUGGCUGAGAGAGUAGCUUAUGAGAUGAACGAGAACGUGGGUGAUACAGUGGGUUAUCAGAUUGGUGGAGAGUCCCGCGUUUCACCGUGUACACAAAUUAUAUAUGCCACGACUGGAUUUGUAUUACAGAAACUAAUGCAUAUUCCAUCAGUACUUGAAAAGUAUACUCAUAUAAUCUUAGAUGAAACACAUGAAAGGAAGAUUGAGGGCGAUAUAUUGAGUUUAAUUCUUAAACUACUAAUGGGUAAUCAUCGUAUAAAGAUUGUUAUAAUGUCAGCUACACUUCAAAGUAAUCUCUUCGCGAGCUAUUUCAUUGGAGGAGCAGGGACUGCACCUAUACUGGUUUCAGGAAGACAACAUCAGAUUGAUUUUAUUUACAUUGAUGACUUAGUAUCUAAAUAUGGUGACGGCCUUGAACCUCGUGAUAUCAGAGCAUUGGCGAGUGCUUGGAUACAAUUUAAUCUUGUGUGGGCCGAAGAAGAACGUAAGAAAAAAGAGUCUGACCUUCAUUCAACGAAUUCAAUCUCUACAGGUGACUUGGCUAAAACGUUUCGACGUCUUUUUACGAAAUAUUUCACUGGCAAAGGUGGAAGAGAAGUAUUGUCAAGUUACAUGACUGAUAUAAGCCGUGGUGUGUCAAGAACAUCGGUCAGAGCACAGCUACAAGAUGGGUUUUAUGAGCUUUGUGCCACUUUAGUUAAAAUGUUUGCAAACAGAGGGGAAACUAUUCUAAUCUUUUUACCAGGUAUCACUGAAAUUUACCUCAUGUGGGAUGCCCUGUCGUAUUUAGAGCGCAGCAGCGCAUCUAAGCAUUUAAUCAGAUUGUUUGUUUUACAUUCGCAAAUUCCACGAGAUGAGCAGGAAGAGUGUUUCAUUGAACCUACGUCAUCACAUACUCAUGUCAUCUUGGCAACGAACAUAGCUGAAAGUUCACUGACCUUACCCAAAUUACGUGUUGUGAUCGACUUUGGAUUAUUCCGCGAUGUGAGAUACGAUGAUAGGUCAUGUACGACGCAAUUAGUUACCAAAUGGUAUGCCAAGGCUAGUGCUGCACAUAGAGCAGGUAAUUCACAGUACAGUGAUAUGACAGUAUUCGGACAUAUUGCUGUCAAGUUACCACUGGACAUGCCUCUGUGUCGUCUUGUGUAUUACGGGGUAAUUUUCAACUGCCCUUGCGAUGCAGUUGUCAUGGCAGCAUCUUUAUCAUUACAAGUGUGUCCAUUUACACUUCCAACUAUCUUGGUAAUAAAAGAUCCAAUAAUGCUGAUGGAAUCUCUUCAACGUAGUUCGGAGUCACGUGCUAUGUUCGAUGAAGGUGAGUACAGUGAACCCAUCAUGUAUACAAACAUGUUCCACGCCUGGCUUAGAAAAAGAGUGAAAGCUACAGACAGACAAUCUAUUCAGUUAAAGAUGAGUAGUUUCUGUAAAGAAAACUCGCUGAUACCUAAGAGACUAAUUGAAAUGGAGAGUGCAGUAUCUCUAAUAGCAUCCAGAAUCCAUCCAUUUUUACCAAGCGACAGCAAGGCACGUGAUGAUGUUGCAAAGCUGCUGCAAAUACUGAAUGCUGAAGCUGAUGAUGAGGAUAAUGUUUUGGACGAUGAAGACUGUGCUUACGGUGUUGCAAGCGGCGUCGAUGACGAUGAUGACGUAAAUAGUGUUGAUGAUGGUGAUCAUUGUGACAAUGAUACUGGUGCAUGUGGUGGAGGAACCGAUGAUCUAGGUGGAAGUGGUGGUGGUGGAUCUUCGACGACUGUCCACGGAAAAAGGUACACAUUUGGCUCCGUUUUGAAAAUAUCCGACACCGAAACCAUACACAAGAAGAUCAGCAAAGGACCCCAAGGCGAUGUAUUUCCUGAUCAAAAUAGAUUCAGAUGGCCUAAUAGCAGAGUUCAAAGACGAGCCAAUGUGGCCAGAGCUCCUAUAGCAUCAACACCACGCCAUGUUGAUGCCCUUUUCUGUUCUGACAAUAUCUUACUCAAGGUACUGCAGGUGGCUGCAUUCAGUCCAAACUACCUUAUUGGAACACGUUCUAAUAAAACAAACCAAAGAACUAAAAACAACAUAGACAAAGUCGGGUUUGAUUUAACGAAGACAAUUGUUCUCCAUGAUUGUGGUGAAAUAAAUGACCUCAUGAAGACUGGCAGCAAGAGUAUUUGUGAUAUGUAUAUUCAUAAGAUGUACAAACCGAAAAGAUAUCUAUGCGGUUCAGGGGCUUCAAAUAAACUCAUGUUCCUGGAAUAUGAAAAUGGGAAUUCACGGGAUGCAACACUACACAAUAUCCCACCACAGGGACAUUUGAUAAACCAGUAUGCAGCUGAGAAAAUGAGACUAGAUAGUCAUAACAAGAAAGAGAAGAAAUCUCGUGCAAGCACUAUAAAGGAAGAAAACAUAAAGGAUAUUGUUACUAAUUUACGAACCCCACCAAGUCAACCCUUUCAGCUUGUUUGGAAAACGUUGAGUCAAGUGAGACAAAUACAAUGUAAACUGGGCGAUAUCCGCAACCCUAUUGGCUUCGCAUGUGAAUUACGAGACAUACGUCACUUAGCAGUGGCAGCAAAUAUUAAAGGAAGCGGCGGUUUCAGUCACAUUGAUGGGGCUACAGUGUUACCACCAGACUGUGAUGGUGUACUAGCUGUGAUUCUGCUGAUGGUAUUUUUACCAAGUCGUUUUGAUAUUAAAAUCAGAUUUGAUAAAUGCCAGAUAACUGCCAUUAAAUUUCUAAAUGUAAACAGAAAACUAGAGAAAAACCGGCCAGUCACGUUUGAGAUGUUUUACAUCGUAAACACAAUCCGCCUGAUGGUAUCUGACAUACUUUUGAUGAAAUCCAACAGAUUACGUGAAAUUCCUAGUAGUGAUAUAGGAUUAUGGAUACAGUAUUUAGUGAAUGUUAUACAAUCUGUCAAAGAAACAGGAAGAGGACGGUUUGAUCGAAAGCGAUGGUGCCGGUGCUGGUGGUCUGUUUAUCAAGAUCUCAACGAAAGUGAAAACUCUUCACUUGACGAUGAAAAUCGAAACGAAGGAGACGAUGAUGAUGAUGAUGAUGAUGAGGAGGAGGAGGAUAAGAUGGAGGAGGAGGUAGAGGAGGAUGUAAAAGAGGGCACGAACUAUGCCGCACACGUUCACAAUUCGAUAUUUCUUGAGCCGUUCAACUUGCUACCAGGUCUGGCAAAACUUUGGGGGAUUGACUCUGACAAUCUAAGGAAAACAACGGUGGAAUCUUUUCACGCGUUUAAAGCGGAACAGAAGAAGAAAUAG